AUGGCCAUGCAUCCAGAAGAUGUGGCUACACAAGCGGUUCGUCGAUGUCAGGACCCGAGCCAUACUGCCGUGCAGAAGACGUCCAAUCCCACGAAGCUCAAAGCAGACUUGACAAUGAAACUUCGGGCCAUGGAUAUGGCCCUUGAGCAGAUUGAACACACGCGCGACCUGGUGGAGCGAAGUGAUGGUCGAGACAGGCCAGCAGAGUUCAUGAAUCUGGUCGAGGAUUCGAUUUCAAAGACAUCCAAGAAGCUGGAAACUCUCGAGACGGACAUCAUGUCCCAAAUACAUGAGGAGAGUGCACUCGUCUUGCAAAAGUCUGAGCACAAGAUGAACGAAUUCCAACUUGAGUUAACGACAGCAUUGGAACAGCAUUUAAGUGAUGCAGAACGUUUGUUGGACACGAGGGUGCGGGAAGUUCGAGCCGAAUUGCUUCAACAACUGGCAUCUGUCGAAGCAGCGACAGCAGAGAACCGAACAAGCAUCUCCAAGCUUGCAAUCAAGAUGCAAGAGCGUUUGGAGCAAAUGGAGAGUUCUGUCUCUGACGAAUGUCUCCAUCUGAAGGAAUCAUCCAGCACGUGUGUCGAAGCUCUCGAAGAAGUGAGGAGCCAGUCUGAAAGCUUUCAGAAGAAACUGCAGCUCUUUGAAGAGGAGACACUGUUCUCCAAAGAGCAACUGCAAAGCUGCCGCUUGCGCACACAGCAGCUGCAGGAUCACCGAGAUGAGUUUCAGAUGGAGAUAUGCCUGAUCAAACAGCGCCUGCAGCUGUUGCAGGAGGAGGUAUUCUCCAUUGCGCCUGACUUGGAAAGGAGAAAUCAGAAGCUGGAAGACAUGCUGCGUCAACAAAUCGGCCAAGUAGAGUCGAAGUUUGCCGAUUUCACCGAAGCACCUUUGAACCGGAGUAGGGAAGUGCUGGCAGCAGGCCCGCUCCCCGCGGCGGAAAAGGGGCCUGAGAUGCCCACGCAAGUAGAGUUUCAGGACAUGAGGCGACGACUGGAGGAAUUCAGCACCUCUUGGCCUGGGUCCAUACAAGCAGAGCGUGCUCACAUGGACGACAUCCGGGCUGGUCUCGACACACGCAUCUCCUCGGCUCAAGAACAGAUACACAGCCUGCAACUUCGUGCUCGAGAAUCUGCAGAG